AUGAAUCCUUCAAAUGAAUCGGACAAAUAUCUUCAUUCAACACAUGAACAUUCUUUUCCCAAUCAAAAAUAUAUGUUAUCAUCUUCUCAUAGUCCAACAUCAUAUCAAUAUCCAUUGAACACUACUAAUCCUCUCAUAUCAGAUGAUUCCGGAAAUGAAUCAACAACAAAUUUUCAUAAAAAAUCCAAUCAACAUUUUGUUGUUGUAGCAAUUGAUUUUGGUACAACAUAUAGUGGUUAUGCAUUUGCAUUUACACGAGAUAUUGAUUCAAUUUUAAUGAUGCGAAAAGUUGAUGGAAAUGAUCCCGGUGUAAUUAAUCAAAAAACGCCAACAACAAUUUUAUUAACACCAAAUUUAGAAUUUCAUUCAUUUGGUUUUUUUGCAAGAGAUUAUUUUCAUGAUCUCGAUCCAGAUGAAGCAAAACGAUGGUUAUUUUUUGAAAAAUUUAAAAUGCAUCUUCAUUAUGUACAAGACCUUAAUACACAAACAUUAAUUACUGCAAGUAAUGGUCGUAAAGUUCCUGCAUUAACAAUAUUUACUUAUGCUUUACAAUAUUUUAAAGAACAUGCUUUACGUGAACUCUCAGAUCAAUCAGGAACAAGAUUUGUUAAUGAAGAUGUUCGAUGGGUUAUUACAGUACCUGCUAUAUGGAAACAAUCAGCUAAACAAUUUAUGCGUGAAUCAGCUUAUCAAGCUGGUAUUGCAUCAAGAGAAUUUCCUGAACAAUUACUUAUUGCUUUAGAACCCGAAGCAGCAUCAAUAUAUAUACGUAAACUUCGAAUGCAUCAAUUUGUUUCUGAUGACACACCUUCCUAUUCUCGUAAUUCAAUCAGACAUGAACAUGGUCUAUUAUCAUCGUCAAUUUCCAAUCAAUCAUCACCAAUUUUUUUCGAUUCUGAUAAAUUAUCAACUGAACACAGUGAAUAUCAUACAAAUACUCAAACAUUUGAAGUUGUUCUUGAUAUUGGUACACGUUAUAUUGUUGUUGAUUGUGGUGGUGGUACUGUAGAUAUGACUGUUCAUGAAUUAGAUAAUAAAAUGGGAACAUUAAAAGAAUUAUAUAAAGCAACUGGAGGACCCUAUGGAUCAGUUGGUGUUGAUCAAGAAUUUGAAAAAUUAAUGAGUUCAAUAUUUGGUAAAGAAUUAAUCGAAGAUUUUAAAAUUAAACGACCGGCUGGUUAUGUUGAUUUAAUGAUUGCAUUUGAAGCACGAAAACGUACAGCUAGUCCAUUUAAAAAUAGUCCAUCGAAUAUUUCAUUACCAUUUUCAUUUAUUGAUUUUUAUAAGAAAAAAAAAGGUUCAGCAAUUGAAUCUGCUAUUCGUCGUUUUAAUGAUCCAGAUAUAAAAUGGUCAACACAAGGCAUGAUGAGAUUAUCAUCGGAAGCAAUGAAACGACUUUUUCAUCCAACAGUUGAGAAAAUCAAAAGUACAAUUGGUGAUGUUUUAAAUAGUCCAGAUGUCAAGGGUAUUCACUAUCUUUUUCUUGUUGGUGGUUUUGCUGAAUCGCCUAUACUUCAACAUGAAAUUCGUCGUGCUUUUUCAUCUAUUCUUAAAGUGAUCAUACCUCAAGAUGUUUCAUUAACUAUAUUAAAAGGUGCUGUUCUAUUCGGCCUUGAUCCAACUAUUGUUAAUGUCCGUCGUUCACGUUUAACCUAUGGAGUUUCUGUACUUAAUCGUUAUGUUUCCGAUUAUCAUCCACCUGAAAAGAAAAUUGUUAAAGAUAAUAUUGAAUGGUGUGCUGAUAUAUUUGAUAAAUUCGUUCUUGUUGAUCAAUCAAUUGGUCUUGGUGAUACAGUUGUAAGAAAAUAUACACCAGCAAGACAUAAUCAAGCACAAUGUAUCAUUUCAUUUUAUUGUUCCGAAUCAGAUAAACCAAUGCUUGUUACAGAUACGGGUUUUUUUUUUGAAUUAUUAUUAUUAGGUACACUCGUUCUUGAUAUGUUUCAUGAUGGUUUUCCAUUAAAUUCUUCGACAUUAAAAGAUCGUCGACGUGAAAUUCAAACACGUAUGGUUUUUGGUGAUACUGAAAUAAAAGUGAGCGCAUUGGAUGUUACAACAGGCAAAUGUGUUCGAGCAACAAUUGAUUUUUUAAAUAAAUAA